AUGGAGGCGAAGAGACGACUGAAGCGCAAGGAAUUGCGAUUCAAAGUGGUAAUAGUGGGCACAUAUGGUGUGGGAAAGACAAGUAUUUUGUUGCAACACUUUGACCGCUACUUCACGCGCGACCCGAAGACCACCGUUGGUGUGGACUUUCGGCAGCGAAAGUUUCACGUAAACAACGCUUCCGUCAUAUUAGAGGUCUGGGAUACGGCCGGCGAAGAGAAGUACGCCAACAUUGUCCAGAUUUACUACCGUGGCGCUCACGCCGUGAUCGCCGUCUACGACAUAAUGAAGAGGACGUCUUACGUGAGAGCACUGGAGUAUAUCGCGGAGAUCACGGGUCAAGCGGUGCCGCCGCUGGUCAUAGCGCUGGUCGGCAAUAAGCGAGACCUGUGUCAAGACGGCCGGCGAGAGGUGGCCACCGAAACGGCCGCCACUUUUGCCGCCGCGCGUAAUCUCGUAUUCAUGGAGACGUCGGCCAAGAGUACCGAUAAUGUGGACGAGUUGUUUGAGUCGGUGUCCGAGCGGUUGGUCGACGAGUGCGAGAAACGCAAAACUGAUACCCAUUUGCGGCAAAAGUUGCGACUAAACAGCUCUCCAACGACCGCCACAACACCGACACCGCCCGGCCAUAGGGUCAGGUGCUGUCACACGUCGUGAACUGAUCCAUAUCUGCAGUUUAUUGUAUAGUCUAAGCUGUCAUUCAAACGCAUAAUUUAUGUCUCAAUUACUGGUGGAUCAGCCGUAAAGGGGAC